UUCUCAAUCUCGGUCCUUGUGAAGUCUGAGCAGAUCGGCCGCCGGCCACACUCCACUCCCAUCCGCGCCCGCCUCCCCUCCUCCGUCCGCCGGAGCGCGGCACGCCGUCCGCACAGAGGGAGUCCCUCUCCUCCUGCAGGCGUCCUCGUGGCUGUGCUCUUCCUCGCCCUCGGUCGCGCUGUCCUGGGGUGGAGAUCCGCGCGGAUUUCACUGAUACCCUUUCUGCUCGAUUUCUCCAAAGUAUGAGCUGUGAACUAGUGUUACAGGAAGUCACGAAGGAAAUAGUGACAUAAAACUUGAUUUGUCAAAAAGAUCAAUUGGUGACUUGAAAUGGCUCAGCAGAUGGCUUCAGCUCCAUUGGAUGACACAGUUCUUGAUGCCCAACCCUUGCGUACAUUGACUCCCAUGUUCCCUGCACCACUAGGGCUCCACACAUUCACUCCUCAAAACUCCCCUUCAUUUAUCUGUGUGACCCCAUUUGGACCAUAUGCCGGAGGCACUGAAUUGGGUACGGCUGCUGUUCCAUCAACGUUUGCAGCAUCAACACCCGCUGCAGAACCCAGCCAGACACAGCUGCAUACUGCUAAUAUGAAUGGAGCUGCUCAAGCUAAUGGUACCGCAGUCAACAGUUUGGUACCUCCUUUGCAAACUCCUCUGUCAGCUGGCAUGCAGGAAUCUGGUAAGAGGAAGAGGGGCAGGCCAAAGCGUGUGCCAGAUGCUGCUGGUCCUUCAGCUCCUUCCGCUUCUUCAGCUCCUCUGGCUCCUACGGUUCCUCCAGUUACUUCAUUUCCUUUGGUUCCUUCAGCUCCUCAGGAAAGUGGCAAUGUUGUUUCCCUGACUCCUUCAGCCACCCCACAGGAAUCUGGCAAAAGGAAGAGGGGACGGCCCAAACGUGUACAAGAUGUUCCUGUACAGGGUCCUCCAGCUCCUCAAGCAGAUAGUACACCUGUUGUUCAGGCACUUCCUGGGCCCACUGUACAUGAAUCUGGUACGAGAAAAAGAGGACGACCCAAACGUUUGCAGGAUAGUUCAGAUAUUAUAACUCCUCCAAUUCACUCAAAAGAUAGUGUACCCCCUCCCCAGCUCCCUAGUUCAGCCACCUCACCUGAAAGUGGUAAGAGGAAGAGGGGACGUCCAAAGCGCAUUCUUGAUGGUUCAGUGACUCCAUCAAGUCAUUCAGGUUAUUCAAUGGAUGAUGAUGCUGUUGACACAACAAAACGUGGGCGACCUAGGAAAAUUGACACCAAUCUGUUGCAGCUUCCAUCUUUGUCUUCAGAUGAUCCUAGGGAAACUGCAGAUAAUGUACUCAUGAUGUUUGACGCACUGCGGCGGAGACUUGUGCAGCUGGAUGAUGUGAAGCAAGUCGCAAAGCAGCAGCAUAACUUGAAGGCUGGGAGCAUCAUGACUAAUGCUGAACUUCGUGUCAAUAAGAUCAAGAGGAUUGGAGAGAUUCCAGGUGUUGAGGUUGGUGAUAUGUUCUACUUCAGGAUUGAGAUGUGCCUAGUGGGGCUGAAUAGUCAGAGCAUGGCAGGGAUAGAUUACAUGUCAGCCAAGUUUGGUAAUGAGGAGGACCCUGUGGCUAUAAGUGUUGUGUCAGCUGGUGUGUAUGAUAACAGUGAAGACGAUCCAGAUGUUCUAGUUUACACUGGACAGGGCAUGUCUGGCAAAGAUGACCAAAAACUUGAAAGGGGUAAUCUUGCACUGGAGAGGAGUUUGCAUAGAGGUAAUCCAAUUAGAGUCAUUCGUAGUGUAAAAGAUUUGGCUUGUCCAACUGGCAAGAUAUACGUAUAUGAUGGCCUUUACAAGAUUAAAGAAGCCUGGAUGGAGAAAGGAAAAUCUGGUUUCAAUGUGUUUAAACACAAGUUGCUCAGAGAACCUGGCCAACCUGAUGGCAUUGCAGUGUGGAAGAAGACUGAAAAAUGGAGGGAAAAUCCAUCAUCUAGAGACCAUGUUAUAUUGCUUGACAUAUCGUAUGGUGUGGAAAGUAAACCUAUUUGCCUUGUAAAUGAGGUUGAUGAUGAGAAGGGUCCUACCAAUUUCACAUAUACUACUAAAUUGACCUAUGGAAAUUCUCUGAGCUCCAUGAGAAAGAUGCAAGGUUGCAAAUGCACAAGUGUAUGCCUCCCUGGUGAUAACAACUGCUCUUGUAUGCAUCGAAAUGCCGGUGACCUUCCUUACAGUGCUUCAGGCAUACUUGUUAGCCGCAUGCCUAUGUUAUAUGAGUGUAAUGAUUCCUGCACUUGUUCACAAAAUUGCCGCAACCGAGUUGUACAGAAAGGUACCCAGAUUCGUUUUGAAGUGUUUAAGACAGGAGAUCGUGGUUGGGGCCUCCGUAGUUGGGAUCCAAUCCGAGCAGGCACAUUUAUCUGUGAAUAUGCAGGUGAAAUCAUUGACAGAAAUAGUGGGAACGGCGAAGAUGACUUUAUCUUCGAGACCUCUCCUUCAGAGCAGAAUUUAAGAUGGAACUAUGCACCAGAAUUACUGGGCGAACCUAGUCUUUCUGACUCAAAUGAGACACCCAAGCAACUGCCAAUCAUCAUCAGUGCAAAGCGAACAGGGAAUGUGGCUCGCUUUAUGAACCACAGUUGCUCACCUAAUGUUUUUUGGCAACCAGUCUUGUAUGAUCACGGUGAUGAAGGAUAUCCACAUAUUGCAUUUUUUGCAAUUAAGCACAUACCCCCGAUGACAGAGCUCACAUAUGAUUAUGGUCAGAGCCAAGGUAAUAGUCAAGUGGGAUCUAAUUCUGGUUGUCGGAAGUCUAAAAGUUGCUUCUGUUGGUCCCGUAAGUGCAGAGGUUCCUUUGGCUAGACAAGAAACAGGUCCUCGUCAGGGUGUUUUUUGAAGGAGCGGAGCUGUAGAGGUCCCUUAAGGUGUUCCAUGGACCAUCCAAUAAGUCUGCCCCUCGUUGCGUGCAGUUUCAUUGUAUUAGAUUCUCGUAUCAACUAGGUUUUUGGCGUUGUCUAAGAAGGGAGAAUGAAUCUUAUGCUCUUUGUAGUGUACUUUUAGUGACCUGCGCCCCUGCUAUGACCAACCAUCGCGGUUUAAGUGAUUAACUCCGAUUUCUUAAGGAUGAAUUAGGUAGGUAGUAAAGUUGUGCUUGCAUACAUGCUUUGACUACAAAGCCACCCCAAAUGUUAAGGAGUCAGGGUGUUUGUGAACUAUAUUGCUUUCACUGUAUAGAGUUAGGGUUCGUUUAGAGCCAAUAGCUCCAUUCAUGUUGGCAUGCAUGAUUGAUAAUUCUACUUCUAUCUUUCAAGCUAGAUGGUAGCGUCAUGGGACCAUUAAAAUUCAGAGCUGUCGACAGGGAAAGCUAUCUUGAUUGUAAGUGAAGAAUAUAUAUUUGUAUAAGGUGCAGUGCACUGAAGACUUUCAUUCUUUCA